AGAAAACAAGUCCCUCGCUAGUUAUGGAGAGCGCUGCUCCUCACGCUGUGUCCUCCUCUUUUACAACUCCUGUCACUGUAUCUGCAGGUUCUCAGACGCGGGCAGACGGGACGGCCGUCCUACCCACCGUAAAAGUCAGUUGUCGCCGAGCUACACACCAAUGUAUCUUGUAUCUAAACGCCAUAGCUAUGUCAAUCUAUUGUCGUUUGCUAACAAUGCAAAAGGGUUGCAAAGCGUUAUUCCAGCAUUUUCUAUCAGUUGGAAGUACGUUGUUUGAAUAGUUUUUUUCUGUGUCCUGCAGGCUGUUCCUCUAUCCCCAACUCAGCCAGGUGGUGUAGUAGUCAGCAAGGGAGGGGGAAACCCUGUCAUUGUGGGGUUAUUGCCAGCAGGCGGCACUCCUGGCCGCACUGCCACUGCAACCGUCAUCUCUGUCUCCAGACCACCAUCUCUACAACAUGUCCCUAAGCCUACCAGUUCGUCACAAUCAGUCAUCUCCAGCAAAACCGUAACAUCUUUCUCACCUGCUUUCCAAUCAGAUCGCAGUCCCACAAGGGUUACCGGGGCAACUGCUGCCAUGCCAACGACCCACUACAGUAACAAACCAAUCGUGAUCAACAGAGCGGCUACCGCUACAACAGUACACCCAGCCAAGGAGCCUCAGGUCCUGGCCUGUCUGCCUACUUCGUCUCUUCCGUCGUCCACUGGCCAGGGAGCAGGAAAACCAAAGUCAUUUGCUGUACUCAUGGCAACGGAGGCUCCAGCUACACAAGCGUCACGGAAACAAACCACGCCCCUCAAGAAAACUCAGACAGGCAAGUCUGCCUCCUCCUCCUCCUCCUCCUCCAAAUCGUCCCACCCCAAGACCUCAAAGACCACACCCACCAGUGGUGACUCCGCUCCCCUGCCGACCAGGAGCUCGCAGAGGAACGUGAAGAGACCAAAGACGUACGAUGAGGAGCUGGCAGAGUUGGAGCUGGCCGCCGCCUCCAAGACCAGCAAGAGAUCCAAGGGAGGAGGGUCUUCUAAAGCCAACUCAAGGAAAGGAGGCAGGGCCAGGUUGUCGGGAGCGAUCAAGGACCUGGGCCGGUGGAAGCCGGCAGACGACCUGAUGUUGAUCAGUGCAGUGCAGCAGAGCAACGACCUGGCCGCGGUCCACCUGGGAGUGAAGUUCUCCUGCAGAUUCACACUCAAGGAGGUCCAGGAGAGGUGGUACGCCCUCCUCUAUGACCCCCAGAUCUCCAAGAUAGCCAUAGAGGCCAUGAGGACCCUGCCCCCAGGAGUGGUGACCAUGGCCCUCAACAAUGCUCUGUGGAGUGUGGAGGAGGAGGCCGUUCUGGCUAGAAUACCAUCCACUGAUGCAGGUCACCUGGAGACGUUCCAGAGCCUUCUGAAGGCUCAUCCGUCAGUGUUCCAUGCCUGUCGGACGCCCACCUCUCUACACCAUCACUGGGUCCUCAUGGGCCACUACAAACUACUCAAUAACCAGAAGAUUGAGCUGAUCCCUCCUGGAGAUACGGUUGUCAAUUUCACUGACGCCGAGGACCAACUGAACGACAGUGAACUUGUGAAACAGAGAGAUGUGAGGGAGACUGCUCUUGAGCAAGAGCUGAUGGCGUCAGAGCGACAGGUGAAGAGGGAGAUUACCAGAAUGGAGGAGGAGAUCCCGAGAUGGAGAACAAUCAUUGAUACUGGAGCCCCUCCAGAGUUUGGUGCGGGAGUGUAUGCCAUUCUGAAGGGAAAAGUGGUGGAGUUUAUGAUGACAUCACACUCUGUCACUCUCGGACGAAAUUCUGCCGCAGGACAGGUGGACUUUGACCUCUCCCUGGAGGCACCGGCCUUCAAGAUCUCCCGCAGACAGGUCAGUUCUGGUCGGUAGCUGGGGGAGACUGUCCCUUGUCACCUUCACUAAUGUUGGGACCCUCGAUAAGCCCCAUCAGCAAGCUUCAGGCCGAGCAGAGUGGGUGCUGUAUCAAUAGACUUCAUUGGUUGAGUAUGCAGC